GUCUGCUCGAUGCUUAAGUGCGGGACCAAUUAAGGACCAAUCUUGGGCACUCUCGUUUCGGCACGUUUUAGCGUUAUUCGUAAUUCUCGUGCUCACGACUUAAUCUUUUACCUUAUGAGAGAUUCCAUGGCAGCGCAUAAUUCUAUUUUAGCCGCUUUAUUUGCUUUUUAUACGUUGAUUUAUGUUGUCGAUUGUACAUUGAAGGGGUCGACGAAUUUAUCGGAAAUACAUUAGAGUUUCGAUGCCGCGAAUGUUUUUUUUCUUUUCACUUUGGAGUUCUUCCUAUUGUGCUUUGUUUCCAUGCGCGAAACGCCCGAGACAAAAGAACACGUGACAACCAUGCUGGACCUCUUUGCGCCCAUUAAAUGUCUCCUGCAGGAAGAAUCCGUCCGUGUCGACAACGUGGUCUUCAGGCUACACUCUCGCGUUACCGUUCUCUUGUUACUCGUCUGCACCGUUCUCGUGACUGCUAAGCAGUACAUCGGCGAGCCGAUUUCUUGCAUGACUGAUGCUUCCAUCGAUAAAGAUCCUGUAAAUGCGUAUUGCUGGAUCUACAGUACGUUCACGGUGUCCCGACAUCUGAAAGGUAUUCCUGGAAGGGGUGUAGCGAGUGCCGGUGUAGGACAGGCCCUUCCGGAUGAUGAAGCCCGCCAUCAUCGAUAUUAUCAGUGGGUUUGUUUCGUUCUCGGCUUACAAGCAAUCCUCUUUUACGUGCCGCGCGCGUUAUGGGGCAUCUGGGAGAGAGGCACCAUCGGCCUUCUUUCACGGGAUCUCGCAUCACCCUUCCUGAGAGACGUUUGGACCGAAGAGAGAAAGCAACAACUGGUCGAGUACUUCGUUAGAACGAAUUUACAUGAUCAUAACUUCUACGCUAUACGUUUCUUCGUAUGCGAACUUCUGAACUUUUUAAAUUCAGUAGGACAGAUAUAUCUGUUGGAUACAUUUUUGGAGGGACAGUUCAGGCGAUACGGGCCGUUGGUGACCGCCCUCGUCGCGGAGGAGAAUCCUCGCGAUAGGAUUGAUCCCAUGGCGCGAUUAUUUCCGAAGGUGACCAAGUGCACAAUUCACACCUUCGGGCCGGCAGGCUCCGUUCAAACUCACGACGCCCUGUGCGUGCUGCCACUGAACGUGGUGAACGAGAAAAUCUUCGUUGUUCUAUGGUUCUGGCUGGUAUUUCUCGCAGGAGCUGGUUGCUUGGCGGUAAUCUAUAGGAUCAUAGUUUUCUCGCAACCCUGGGCGAGAAUAUACCUUUUGCGAGGCGCAGCUCGCGUGCUCGAGAGAUCUAAAGCCGAGCGUGUCGUACGUGUAUUCCACUUUGGCGAUUGGUUUCUGUUGCAUCAACUCGCACAGAACGUCAAUCCUAUCGUGUACAGGGAGCUGGUUAACGAGAUAGCGGAAGUCUUCACGACCAAGCUGCGGACUUCGCCUAGGUUCCUCGAUCUCGCCUAAAUAGUACUACGCGAAACUUAAAAUGUCCAUGCACGGAUGAUGCUUCAGCGGACGUUCUGGAAUUAAAUAUAAUGCGCGAUAACAAAAAGUAACGUGUAAGACGAAGCUGUGUAAUCAGUGUGUUUCUAAUAAAGGCAAUUAGAUAUUAU